GUUAUGAUAUUUUGAGAUUGAAAUGACCUCAAGUUGUUUCCGGAAAACGUUCGCGUUUCCGACAGCCGACAAACUGUCCUGGUUUCCCGGUCACAUGAUGCGAGGCAUGAACAAAAUGCAACAAGUGCUGAAAUAUGUUGACUGUCUGUUCGAAGUUCACGACGCCCGAAUUCCGUUCACGGGUCGUAACAAAACCUUCAAGCAUCGCAUUGGAAUCAAGCCGAGAAUUUUGUUGCUUUGCAAGAGUGAUUUGGCAGAUUUGAGUAAAACUCAGAAGUCAUUGGUAAGAGAUAGAUUGAUGGUCGAAGAGGAUUACAAAGAUGUCAUGUUUGUCAAUGCCAAAGUGGACAAGGAUCCUGUACUGCGAGGGCUCGUGGCUCGAGCAGUUGAAAUUGUGAACUCGGAAGACAGAUACAACAGAGAAUACGUGCCCGACUACAGACUGAUGGUGUGUGGGAUACCCAACGUUGGAAAGAGCUCAGUCAUUAACGCCAUGCGCAGAAUCUACAUGGCCAGAAAGAAGCACAAGGCAUCAGAAGUUGGAGCUAAGCCUGGAGUCACGCGAGCUUUGAUGGAACGAGUGAAAAUAGUGGACUAUCCACCAGUAUUCCUGUACGACACACCAGGUAUCCUUCCUCCCUCCAUCACAAAUGUAGAGACAGGUCUCAGACUAGCUCUCUACGACUACGUAAAACCAUCAGUCGAACCAGAAGUGAUUGCAGACUACUUACUGUACGAGUUGAACAAACACCAAGUGUUUAAUUAUGUUUCCUUUUAUGGUCUACUGCAACCAACAGAUGAAAUAAGCAUUGUUUUGAAUAAAAUAGCGGAAGAUGGAAACAUGAAGAUGACGAGAAGAAACCACGUGACUGGAAACGAGGUACUUAAUGAUUGGUGCGGAGCUUCACUAAGAUUUUUGACUCAGUUCAGGCGCGGGCUUUUGGGCAAUAUUCCUUUUAAUGAUAUAAAAGGUGAAAUGCCUGUUUCUGAAGACAAAGUUUAUGAGGCGGAACAGUCUUAUGCGCCGGAAAAUAAUUCACUGCAAAGUCCAACUGAACAUUUGGAAAGCGACUCGUCAAACGAGCAGAAAGUAGAAAGAAGGCUAAUUGGAAACAUUUCACAUUUAAUUAGCUCAUCAGUUUAGUUUUUAGUCUAAUGUUUUUUUUUAUGAAAUGAAAGUAAGUUCGUUUAAAUUUCGAGAACAAAUCGGGAACUUUUUUUUCCAUUAAUUGAUUUCUGUUAUAGCCAAGAAGUCAAUUGUUUUGAAUCUUUUAGUCAUUGAAGUCCGUGUUUCACUUGCCAGAGGAAAUUUUCUUGUAAUCGGGACUUUAUCCAUCAACAAACUGCUAGGUACGUUCUCACUUGCUUUAGAGGUAAAGCCUAUGCCUUUGGAACAUGUGAUCUGUUUUUCUUCGAUAUGCGUGGAAAUUGAAUUUUUUUUUUGGAAAACCUGAGUUUUUUUUCUUUAAAGCAUCAUUUUUGUUGUGAUUUAUGAAGUUUUCACUGUAAUUGAUAAUCGUGCCGUAAUUUUAAAGUCCACUACCUCUGAUUUCGUUUGAUGACCUGUCAAUUUUUUUGUUCCGACCAUUAAAAAU